AUGGAUCCCUCUAUAUUUUUACAAUAUUCUCCUCCCAAUGGGCUGCCCCAAGAAUCUAAAUUGGCGACAUAUAUGAAUCAUACCACAUCAACACCGACUCAUUCAUUAAAUCAAGCCUUAGGCAAGCUCAGCCUUGAAUCUUCUCCAACUGCUAUUAAAAAGGUGCUUAUCAGUGAAUUUGUUCCUGUAAACUACUUCAGCCCACCAGCCAUUCUCCCAGAAUCACCAGAGAGUUCUCCACCAUGUACCUUAGCCGGCGGGCCACAAAAUACUCAAGUACACCAGGAAAAUGUUGGUGGCACUACAUACUUUUAUUCAACAAACGAUAGUUUAAAUACAUCUGGAGCACUCAAUUCCUCAGCAUCAAUAGGUGGUUCAGAGUCAUGCCUCGGCGCAGGUGUUGGACCGGGAACAGCCUCGGCGUAUGCAUCACAAAUGUAUGGGACCGGUACCCCGACCCACAUGGCUCCGAUGGCUCCCAAACCUGGUCUCGCAGCAUCGUUCUACAUGCCGGAGACAAUCCGUGCAGAGAUAUGCCAGAGGAAUGAGGAUGUGUUCCUCCACGUCGACCCCCACCAAUUUCCAGAUCUGCCGGAGAACGUGGAGAUGUACACGGAGCUGAUGCCGCUAGAGGGCGUCGCGCCGCACUCGCUCGCCUCCUCGUUCCGCGCGGUGCACCGCCAGAGCGGCGAGCACUACGCGCUGCGGCGGCUGCACGGGCACACGGCGGCGGUGGGCAAGCGGCUCGACAUGUGGCGCCAGGUCGACCACCCGAACGUGGUGCGCCUGCUGGAGUGCUUCGCCACGAAUGCGUUCGGUGAUCACUCAACGGUGAUGGUGUACGAGUAUCAUCCGGCGUGCAUGACCCUCAUGAGCAAAUACCUGUCGGGCGCCGGCGGCGGCAACUCCGCAGACUCGAACAGCUCCUUCCACGACCCCUUUUCCUCCGAUCCGGACGCACCGCGCCCUUACACGCAUCAGAAAAACGCGAUGCUCCGUGCGGUGGCGAGUGGGGCCCUGCUGCCCGAGGCGGUGCUAUGGAGCCUCCUCGUUCAGCUAACUGCGGCCUUGCGAGCGAUUCACACGGCCGGUCUCGCUUGCAGGACCUUGGACCCAACCAAGGUGGUCAUGAACGGGUGUCGGGUGCGCAUUGCGUGGUGUGGGGCAGCUGACGCCCUGCACCCCAGUGCUAACGACGUGGGCCAGGCGCAGCAGGACGACCUGACAGCUUUGGGCCGGUUGGCGCUGUCGUUGGCCUGCCGCACCAUCCACUGCGACAACCUCGCCGCCUCAAUGGAGCUCGUUGCGAGGACCUACUCGGCAGACCUCAAGAACCUCAUACUGUACCUGUUGUCAUCGCCGACCGUCCGCCGCUCCGUGACCGAUCUCAUGCCAAUGAUAGGAGCCAGGUUCUAUACUCAGGUAGAGGCGUUGGAACGGAGAGCGGAUGUGUUCGAGGAGCAACUCGCGCGGGAAAUCGACAACGGCCGCCUCCUUCGCAUACUAAUCAAGCUUGGCGUCAUCAACGAGCGCCCCGAGUUGAAUCUGGACGCGUCGUGGUCUGAGACCGGGGACCGGUACAUGCUGAAGCUGUUCCGCGACUACCUGUUCCACUCGGUCUCCGAGGACGGGCGGCCGUGGCUGGACCAGGCCCACCUCGCCCACUGCCUCAAUCAGCUCGACGGCGGCACCAACGCCAAGGUGGAGCUGAUGUCUCGAGAUGAGCAGAGCGUCCUCGUGGUAUCUUACGCCGAGCUGAAGCACUGUCUGGAGCAAGCGUUCGACGAGGUCAUGCAGGCGGCGACGCCCCAACUGGCCGCCGGGCUCGCGCCGCCG